GUGGAGUUUUUUUUUUUGUCUUGAAGCAAGUUGUUGUCAAGUGUAACAGCGAGUGUCUCCAGUCUAAUAGAAACGCGUUGAUGGUCAACUCGUCUUUCUGGCUGCCAUGUCGGAUUGUUUGGACCGGUCCACGAAGAUCAACUCGUUCAAGGAGCCGGUUGUGAAGAAGCUCUGUGAGGUGUUGGACAAAUCCAGCAGCAAAGGAUGGCGAAAACUUGGAGAGAUAGUCAGCAAUGAACGACGCUUUAAAGUCAGCUCAGACGAAAUGGAGAUGUGCUCUCUGAAGGUGUUGGAGCUGGAGGGCAGCCCGAGCCGCAUGCUGCUGAGGCUGAUGGGAGAGCGAGGCUGCACCAUGGGUCACCUGAUGGACUACCUCCAAACUCUUGGCAACUCGGAGGCCCUGCAGUGCCUGAAACCAUCAGCCUUGCAGAUCGUCAUUCAACCCCAGUCUGUAGCUCUCAUAUCUGGCCACAAUCUGCGCCUCAGCUGUCAUGCUGUGGGAAAAUCUCCAGUACAGUACCAGUGGUUCAAGACCAAGGAAGAGGUGCCAAACAGCUUCUCCCCAGACCUGGUGAUAAGUCCAGUCCAUCUGAAGGACGCUGGCUUUUACAUCUGCAGGGUCAACUGUGGAGAUACUUUUGAAUUCAGCCAGUGGGCUCAGGUGGACGUCCUGAAUGUCGCCAUGUCUUGCGGGCAGAGUUAUCAUUCCUUAGAAGGUCGCCUGAGGUUGGUGAUCCAGCCUCAGUCCCAGCGGAUACAUGUUGGGGAAAACCUGCAGCUGGAGUGUGGAGCCGUGGGACGGCCGAUCCCUCGAUACCAGUGGCACAGAAACGGAGUCCCUAUCCCCAAUGCCACAAAGAGGAAACUCAUGAUUCCUCAUGCGAUGCAGGAUCAGCACGGCAGGUAUCGCUGUGAGAUCAGCAGCAGCACUGAGAGAACGUGGAGCAAUGAAGUUGACGUUUUGAUAGCACCAAGGAUAUCGGUCCAGAUUUCAGGGGCAAUGGAGUGCUCUGAAGAUGAUGUUUACGCCAUUGGAGGAGGUUCCAGUGAAUUUUUCCUAAAUAGUAUUCCAGAACAACUUUAUGCAACUGACAAAGUGGCCCUGCUGAUCGGCAAUCUGUCUUACCAGAACCACCCGCAGCUCAAAGCUCCCAUGGUGGACGUGUACGACCUCACCAACCUCCUGCGGCAGCUAAACUUCCAGGUGGUUUCACUGCUGGACCUCACAGAGUCAGAGAUGAGAAACGCUGUUGAUGAGUUCCUGUUGCUUCUUCACAAGGGUGUCUAUGGUCUGCUGUACUACGCUGGUCAUGGAUAUGAGAACUAUGGCAACAGUUUCAUGGUGCCGGUAGACGCACCAAACCCAUACCGGUCAGCCAACUGUUUAUGUGUGCAGAGCAUCCUUAAACUGAUGCAGGAGAAGGAGACAGGCCUCAAUGUGUUCCUGCUGGACAUGUGCAGGAAGAGGAAUAUUCAUGAUGACAGCACUCCAAAUAUUGUCCUGAGGGUUACGGCCAACAUUGUGUUUGGAUACGCUACGUGCCAAGAUGCCGAGGCCUUCGAGCUGAGCUCCACUGGCUUCGCCAACGGUGUGUUUGUCAAGUUUUUGAAAAAGCGGCUGCUAGACGAUGAGAAGAUCACCGUGGUGCUGGACAGAGUCGCUGAGGACAUGGGUCAGUUUGAUGCUACGAAAGGGAAGCAGGCUCUGGAGAUCCGCAGCAGUUUGUCAGAGAGGAGAGCUCUGACUGAUCCCAUUCUGCCCGGUGACAGCGCUGAUCUCACUCAUGCUCACAGCCGCCAGUGGGCAAAGGCUCACGAGCUUCCAGAGAGCAUGUGUCUCAACUUUGACUGCGGGGCUCAGAUCAAGUUGGGAUUCGCUGCAGAGUUCUCCAACGUGCUCGUAAUUUACACUCACAUCAUUAAGAAGCCCGAAGACAUGUCCUUCUGCCAGGCUCACGUCACUGACUUCUCACAGGACCUUGAUGUGGAUCCUAAAGAGAUGAACAGAGAGACUCCAGAAGAAACAGGCAUCUAUUUUCUGUCCAGCAGCCUGCCGCAGCACUGUCUUUACACCAGAGUCAGCUCACUGCAGAAGCUCAGGGAGGAGCUGGUCUUCACCGUGUGCCUUCAGGGCACCUUCACCGCCAUGGAUGACGGUCCCGUCCACUGGACCAAAAGCAUCAACAUUGGCAAGCCGCUGAUCGCCCGACUGGACCUGCACCGGGCCAUGCGGCGGAAUAGCUGCCUGCAGACCUGCAUGAUGCCCCACAGCCCGUCCCACAGCCCCUGUCACAGCCCUGGGCCUGAACACCGCCUCCACCUCCAUCACGGGCUGCACCAAGCCCAGGAUCACAGCCGUCUGUCGCCGCAACACCACUACCUGGACGUCUAUGAGCGUCUACAGGGUGCAGUGGGUAGCUGUGGGGAUUCCUGCUAUGACAACCUCAGCCAGUCUCGUUAUGAACCUGUGUGCGACCCAGCUGGUGGGCUUUCAAGCUCACCAGGCAGGCUCAGCAUCCCUAUAGAGGCCACUGACGACAUCACUGAGCUGCAGACCGUGUUCAUCAACAGUCUGCAGCUUCAGCAGCAGUAAAACGGCUGCUGGAUGUCUCUGAUAUUUCUCAGAAGAGAAGCUUUAAAUGUAUCUGUAAUACUGCUGCUCCUUUCUGUUACAUGUUAUUAUACUUAAUAAAACAUUUUUAGACUAUUA